AUGUCUUCCACCCCUUCCAGCAACCAGCAGGCCGCGCUCAAGAUGCGUCCCGUCACCGGAGCCUACUUGCUGAAGCAGAGGCCCGUCGACCUUUUCCACGGAAUCAAGGACAUCAUCAAGAACCACGGCGUCACGCUGCCGCCCAGCUGCUCCCAAGAGCUCAAGCAGUUCUUGGACGAGAAGCUUGAGCCCUACUCGCUCCCCCACGAUCCGAAGCGUCCCAACCUCCAAGCGGACCUCGACAACAGUGCUCGCCUUCGCGACAGGAGAGUUCAGCUCAAGGACCAGGGCGCAACUUCGAAAGCACCCGCGAAGACGCUUCAUCGAUCGAAUCUCGACACCUUCUCGCGGUUCGGCAAGCCUCGCAACAUCAACGAGUCUUUCAUGGACGUCCCUUGGAGCGCUCCAGUCUCGGCAUCCACGUUGCAACCGCCGAUGCCCGUCAGCGUGAACUCGCUGCUGCAGGGCUGGCCUCUGAAAGAGAAGUCGGUCUCAGCUGUGAAGGCGCCGACCAAGGUCAAGAAAGAGCAGUCUGCACAGGCCGAGAUCCAGAACUCCGUUAAGUUCGCGAAACAGCCUGCCGUCAAGGUCGAGAUCGAUCGACCCAUUGAGACUAAGAUUGGAUCGGCCAACACCAUGAAGCCGACCUCACUGAUUCAGGAGCGCGCCGACGACUAUCUCGAUGUCGGUGAAGAAGAGACCAUUGACCGUGCACCCCUCGCUAUCGCAAAGGACGACUUCGUCAAGGUAGAAGAGAGCGUUGGCAGCGACGCCCGGCGCCAUCGCACCGUCGACUCCAAGUCUCUGCCUGCGCCCGCCAUCAAGUCCGAAAAGGCCACGGCCACAAGCGCCAAGUGCACCCUCAACGCUUUCGAAGAGAUGGACCCCGAAGCCGUCUCCUUCACUUCUGACAACCUCGACGCUAUCAAGAAGACACGCCCUGCUAGCAAGCAAGAACCAUCCCCUGCGCCCGCGAUCAAGGUCGAAGACAACCCCUCCGGCUUCCAUAGCUCCAUCGGCUCGUCUAACUCUUCGGGCUUCCAGUCUUCAGUUGCAGGUGUCAAAAACGAGUUCCAGGAAACGCCUGACACCACAUACCUUGGUGAGUCGCAGCAGACUCUGGGCAGGUCGCAGAGCCCUUUCAGUCAGACCCAAGGUUUUUCGAACUCUUUCCCCAGCAGCCGCUUCGGCAGUCAGUUCUUCCUGAGCCCUCCCGGUUCAGCGACCUCACAGACGUCCGGACGCGUCGAGAUCAACCCGCGUCGCUCUGCUCGACUGUCCCAGGCUAAGACGACCGCUGCCGGAUCGUCCACCCCGUCAGCUUCCGCGCCCUCUGCCCCUCCAGCUCCAUCUCCUACCCCAUCUUCCGCCUCCUCUGUUGGUGUUAAGCGCCGUCGCUCCGCCAGCCUCACAGACGAAGUAGAGCAGGUUGAGCGCCAGGGUCGCAACAAGAAGUUCGUGACCAAGGAGGUGGUCGCAAAACAACGCGAAGCUCGCCACAAUGAGGACGCAAAGGAUCAAAAGCGCAGUAGCGCCCAGCGUCGUACCUCGGUGCUUCGUCGUCGCCAGAUCUAG